GCCUUUUGCAGUGAAAUCGAGUCGUGACAGAAUACUCUCUUUUCUUGGUUCGAACACCACUACCCGUGUAAUUACUCUCUAAAGUUCUCGUAGAAGUGUUGCUUCUACAGGGGAUACUCUGCACCUUUACCUAUCCAAUGGUUUCCGCGAAGGCUACCGCACUUUUCCCUGUCCCUGCGGCAUCGAUUGAAACCGGCUUCACCACAUCUGCUUGCGCCGCCAAAUACUCGUCUCAAGUAACUCUGGUGGACCUGUCGGACGCUCCGUUAGGAGUUCACAGAGUAAACUCAAAUUUGACCCAUGAGCUGGUAACUCCGCCAUCGGCAGACGAGGACCAUAUUCAUGCAUGGGAGGCGAAGUUCCCUGAAGGCAGUAUCAAUCCAGGAAACAAGCACGCUCCUCUCGGAGGCUUUGGUUUUCACCUGACUGGACCAACCGGCUUUAAACGUGCGCUAAGCGAGCUGUCUUCAAGCCAUGUUCUCAUGAGCUACGAGCUCAUGUUCGAGCCAGGAUGGGAAUGGAAGAAAGGAGGGAAGUUGCCGGGAAUUUACGGCGGGGUUGGGAAUGCUGCAUAUAACUGCACGGGUGGCCGUCAAUCGGAUGGCAAGUGCUUUAACAUCCGGCUGAUGUGGAGGGAGAACGGCAUCGGUGAACUAUAUGCUUACCUUCCCCUAGCUUCAUCCAAUACCGAACGUCUCCUUGCUGUUCCUCCUCGUUCAAUCCAACAUCCGGAUUAUGGGUUCUCCGUAGGACGUGGUGCUUUUAAGUUCACACCAGGGAAAUGGACAACGAUAGCCCAGCGUGUGAAGCUCAACAAAGUGGGGUAUAGCGAUGGAGAGAUCGAAGUUUUCGUUGAUGGCAAAUCUGUCAUACUAGCGAGUGGCCUUGUCUUGCGAGACUCGAAUGCUGCCAGCUCUCAUGUCCAGGGUCUGCACUUCCAAACUUUCUUCGGUGGACAUUCACCCGAAUGGGCAUCGCCAAAAACACAAAGGGCUUGGUUCACCAACGUGUCUGGAGCUACAUUAUCGUCUGACUCUCAUGUUCCUCGGGAAGAUCUUUGACGAUUCUAAGGCGGUCUAUCAUUAAAUAUGUGCAGUUUAGAUCCUUAAUGGAAAGUAUACCCUAUGGACUGGUGGAUACCCAUCCUGUAUCUUCGUUAGGAUGUUUCAAUGCCGUGUGGUAGCGGCUAUGGUGAAGGAACAAAACAUGUCGGACUUGCUUGAGGUUGUUGUGCUCUUUCCACAUUCUGGUGGCGUGGUGGAGAACAGGCAAGGUCUCGACGCCUAUUAAUACUGAGCUUUCUAAUCGUUGAGAAAGUCGGUGCGUCUUCGAACUCUCAGUAACGGUAUGUGAUUAUGCCCCAAACUCUUCUAUUUCUUUUUUCUGUCUCUGACUC